AUGGCUUCAAGUCCUGUAGAGCCUCCUAGCUUACAGCAUACACCAUGGAGUCCAUUAGUGAUUGCUAUGGUUGGAACCAUGGGAACCCUAUUUCUAGUUUUUAGUUAUUUUAACAUACUACGACGCUGUUCAUUUCACGUAUAUUCAGGAAAUGCUCAAAGGAGGCGUCUACGUGACACAAAUCUAGAUGGUAAUGAUCCUUCCCUACAAUUCCAAAGCCGUGGGCUAGACUCAUUCGCUGUGCAAAUGAUUCCCGUAACACAGUUUAAGAAAAAAAUAGAAUCAGAUAAAGUGAAUCAUUGCGAUGAAAGUACUGAAUGUUCAAUUUGUUUGGGUGAAUAUGAAGAUGAUGACUGGGUGAAAACUAUACCGAAUUGCUCUCAUGUGUUCCAUGUAUCAUGCAUUGAUACUUGGUUUCAAACUCAUUCGAACUGCCCUCUUUGUAGAUCAGACAUUUUUGAUCUUGAGUUUCGGUCUCUACGUGUGGAGGUAGAGGAAAUCUCAUUAGAGAAGAGGUUGAUGAAGAAAGAUCGGUUUUUUAUCAAACUCUUCGCUCUCAUAUUCUUCAAAAUUCUAACUUUGCUAGGCUAG